UUUCAGUACCAAAAGUGGUAACCCCGAGCUACACUCGGGCUUACCAUGCGGCGUUGCACAGGGAAUCCCUACAGCGCUUACCUUGUCCUUCGCUCCCGCGAUGCGUCCCCUGCAGCGUCCCCGGCCAUCUCCUCCGGCCGAUGCCAGCAUAUGGCUUCCGUGUUCCGGUCCCUGUGAUGUCGGGACGUGCGGACGCCGAAACCGGUGGCAAAUUUGAAAAUGUAAAAAAAGACUUGUUUUAAAAUGAUUAUUUUGUCCCUACUUCUUUGUCCUGUGUCCUGCAUUUUGACUGUUCUUUCUG